AUUGACUAAAACAUUUCAGUAGUCUAAGAUCAAGGUUGAGUGCCUUAAACAUGGCAAUCUUAUUUCUCGACGGAGAUCUUCAUGUUUCAUCGGAUGUUUUCAUGGAUUGUAGUGCUUAUGUAUUUGUAGUUAUAGAAACUGCUAUCAGUAAAAGGCAGAUAUAUUUUUGGUCUUUAUCAGCUACUCCUUGAAAUACAGGUCCUUAUUUAAUUAGCAACAUCCGUUAUUCGUUAGUAACAGAAUGAUUUGAAGAGUUAUGGAUCGAUGUCAUGAUGUCCACGUAUGAUUAUAUAUCAUCUUCAUUUCAAAGAAUGAAAUGGUGUAUUGUUUUGAUGUACCCAGGUACAUGUAUAUACGUAUUUCGAUUCUUAACGCGACAGUUACGAAGGAACUCAAGCACCGCUGAAAGCCCUAUUCUCUUAUGUAAGAGUGAGGGAUAUAUGUACCAAACAGCUUUUAUCCAUGUGACUGCUACAUGUUUAUAUACACUAGGGGAAUGUCCUAAAGUGACCCCAUCGUCACGUGGCUGCCCUAAGACCUAAGUCGGUAAACAUGUCAAAGUCCAUUCAGGUGCUACAAGGGAGGAUACGUAUAAUGUGCAAAAGGCAACAUGACACGGGCCAUGAAGUUAUCAUGUUUCCUCUUGGUGGCUGUUGCCGCGUGCAUGUUGCAUGAGUCCUCUGCCUGUCCGAUGUACUGCACUUGUAAUGAUGUCGGGAAGGAUGAAGUCGCAGUGUACUGCCGUGGGCCGAAGAUCAGAGCCAUCCCCAGGGACAUUCCAGACAACACAACAUUGUUGGAAAUAAGUUCCACCGAAUUAACUGUACUACGAAGAGGCGACUUCGUUGAUAUGCCCAUGUUAACGCAGCUGAACGUUGGGUCCAAUUUGAAGUUAUCUGCAGUUGAGCCCGGAACCUUCGACAACCUACAAACUCUCACGGACCUCAGACUCUCCAACAACUCUUUCACCAAACUGCCGGCUGGACUGUUGGACAGCUUGAAGAACUUAACCAAUUUUGAUUGUCGCAACAACAAGUUGGUGAUGAUUCAACGUGGUCUAUUCACCGACCAUCCUUCCCUUCAAAUAAUCAGAGUGGACUUUGGUAAUAUUGCCGUGCUGGAGGAGGCCGCCUUUAGUGGCCUUCCUCAUCUAAGUUCUGUAUACGUCGGUUCCAAUAGGCUUACUUCUCUUACCUCUUCCGCCUUCAAGGGUUCUCCAGAGUUGAAAUCCCUGUACGCUAGUGGUAACUCUAUCACUGCUAUAAGCAAGGAUGCCUUUACUGACACCAGCUUCGAGACCUUGUACCUCACCAGAAAUGCCAUCAACAUCGUGGAGGUAGAGGCCCUCUCCCCUCUCCGAAACCUUCAACGCAUUUACCUGGAUGAAAACAACAUUGAAAACCUGGAGGGAGUUUUCAGAGACCUUCCUCAGCUAUUGUCUGUUAAUUUGAGCAAUAAUAAACUCACCUCCAUAGAAAGAGUCUUUCGAAACCUCCCCAAGCUUAGCAGCCUGUCUUUUAAUGACAAUCGAAUAUCGAAAAUCACCAACUCCACGUUCAACGGGGUUCCCGCACUAGAGUCUUUGAGCAUCGCGAACAACAAUAUGUACGAGGUUGAAAGCGGGACAUUUAGAAAGCUUGACAGGCUUGUAGCACUAUACAUGGAUUACAACCAGAUCGAAGAAAUUUCUCUGAUAGGCUUGCACGCAUUGAGAAGUCUCAGUAUAAACUACAACAACUUGCACAGUUUUCCCACCGACCUGAAUGACGCCAACCUGCUUGAGGCACUUUAUUUGAACAACAACCCAAUCGAAGAGCCGCUGGAAGAGCAAUUUUCAGCUUUACAUAGGCUCUCAACGCUAUACCUGUCCAACAUAACCUGUCUGAAGGGAACACUGAACUCAAAGGCGCUGUGUGGCUUGGGUGCUCUUAAAGAACUAUGGCUGUCAUUCAACGAGUUAUCUACUCUCCCGCCAUCAACCUUCCAAAACACCACAGCUAUAUCCACAAUGUGGCUUCAGAACAACAAUCUAACGGAACUGAGUACUGGUUUGUUCCACGGUCUGACAGAGCUGAAUCAGUUGGACUUGUCAUACAACCAACUCAGCCACCUGGACCCCGACACUUUUCUCGGUCUUGAUAAACUCAGGAUUCUAAUACUAACAGGAAACAACUUCACCAACAUGGCACAUGUAGCUCCAGCAUUAGCGAGCCUUCCUUCGCAGGUAGCUUUGAACCUCAAGGAGAAUCCGUUUGUCUACCUUGGUCGUGAGUCCUUCAAAGUACCUAUUAAGCAUGCAAACAUUCUCUCGAUGUCCAGGUCACACAUUCGUGUCAUAGAAGAGGGAACUUUUAUGUACGAGACAUUUUCCAAUCUGACUACAUUAGAACUUGACCAAAACGACUUCCUGCACUUCCUGCCAGGCAAUAUGCUGGACGGCCUCGACAACCUCACGGCUAUGAUCGCGCACGACGAUCCUUUCCACUGUGACUGCCAGCUCAAGGCCUUCGUCACCUGGCUACGUGAACGAGUCAACCCUCCGUACGUGAGCGCAACCUGCGCUAGCCCACCGAGUCUAAAGGGCAAAGACCUGACGGACGUUCCCCUGGCCAGUCUGACGUGUGACUGCCAACAGGUGGAAGUUCCGUCUAUCGAUACGAGUGGCAGUGAUAACUUCACCCGUGAGGGUCAGACCGCCAUGCUGAACUGUAAGGUCUCAGGCUGUCCUGAAGCCGAGUUUUUCUGGACCACCCCAACCGGAGCCAUGUUGGCUGUGGAGUCGGGGUUCCCUAGGAUGGAGGUACUGGACAGCGGUACCCUGGUGGUGACAGACGCGAGGGAAGAGGAUACAGGGGUGUACACAUGUACCGCUGUCAACUACCGCGGGAAGGCCAGCAAGGAAGUGGCUCUGCAUGUGGGAAACAGACACUAGGCCCGCUCAAAUGCACCAAAUGAAUCAAAACGCCGUGCAUUGCUGUGCUGACACGUUUAUAUGGCAACCGUAUUUCUUUAUUACCUCCAAGGAGAUAUUUACCUUUCAUUGGAUGUUUCGGUGGAUAAUAGCGCUUAUGUAUUUGUAGGUAGGAAUUUCUAUAAGUAAAGCGUAGAUAUAUUUUCUGGUCAUUACCUUAAAUUACCAGCUUAUUUUUGAGAUACAGCAGGAUGAUUUAAAGUUAAAAUGUCAGCAUUAUUAUAAACUUGAAAAUGACGUACUGUUUUGAAGUACCCA